CGCUUGGUCCGCAGGCAGCGGGCGGGUGGUUCCCCCCUCCCGCCCCAGCCCCACGCGCGCGCGCGCGCCCCGGCCCCUCCCUCCCUGCCACCCUCCGCGGCUCCCGCGCGCCGGCGGCGGUUCCUCUCCCCUCCCCCCAGCCCUGGCUCCGGGGGACCCCGCGAUGCCGGUCCGCACCGAGUGUCCCCCGCCGGCCGGUGCCUCGGCCGCCUCCGCGGCCUCGCUCAUCCCGCCGCCGCCCAUCAACACCCAGCAGCCCGGCGUGGCCACCAGCCUGCUUUACAGCGGCUCCAAGUUCCGCGGCCACCAGAAGAGCAAGGGGAACUCGUACGACGUAGAGGUGGUGCUGCAGCAUGUGGACACUGGGAACUCUUACCUUUGUGGGUACCUGAAGAUUAAAGGCCUUACUGAGGAGUAUCCAACCCUUACAACCUUCUUUGAAGGAGAAAUAAUCAGCAAAAAACACCCUUUCUUAACUCGAAAGUGGGAUGCGGAUGAAGAUGUUGACCGGAAGCACUGGGGCAAGUUUCUGGCUUUUUAUCAGUAUGCAAAAUCAUUUAAUUCAGAUGAUUUUGAUUAUGAAGAGCUGAAGAAUGGGGAUUAUGUCUUCAUGAGAUGGAAGGAACAGUUCCUGGUCCCAGACCACACGAUCAAAGACAUCAGCGGUGCUUCCUUUGCCGGGUUCUACUACAUCUGCUUCCAGAAGUCGGCAGCCUCCAUAGAGGGCUACUAUUACCAUAGGAGUUCAGAAUGGUAUCAGUCGCUCAAUCUAACUCAUGUUCCUGAACACAGCGCACCCAUCUAUGAAUUCCGGUGACAGCGGCUCAGAACAGCAACCAAAUAAAACUGAACUUGGCAAAAAAGAGCUUUGCCAAGAAAAUUGUGUACCUGCCAGAACCAGGAGAACGUGUGUUCCUGUUUCUUCAUGAGCAGACUUGCAUCAGAAAGCAUGAAUGUUAACCCACAGAAUCCAAGGAGCAUGGCCGACCAGCAGGGCAUGGGGGGAGCGGCCUCCGUUCUUCCUCCCUCUCUGUGGCAGUUUGAUCUUAACCUGUUUUUAAGCUACCUUAAAUGCACUUUUCCUUCCUGCACAGCUAACUUCUGUAUCACUGAAAUGCCCACUCCUCCCUCCAUCCUUGCCUCCGGCCGAGGAGAAGGUCCGCCCCCUGGUCACCCUCGGCCUUGGUGCUCGGGGUUCCCGCCCAGGCUCCCCGGCUUCCCCAGUGGCUCAGUCUGGUAGCUCAAGAGAAGGCAGAGCCCCAGCACGUGUGUGCCCCCAGAGCUCUGUGCAGGGAGUUGGCGAGCUGCAGCAGCUUCCGCCAGUGAAACGUGAGGUGGAGGCUCAUUGCUGAACAGGGUCGGCUGGCGCUGCCCAGCCCUGUGAUGUUCACGCCAAGCUAGUCAGCGGCUGGCAGGUUCCCUGGCCUGCCGUCGGGGAUCACCAAAUGUAAGGCUUCCAGAUCCCUGGCAGGAACAGAUUCCAGUCAUGCUUACUCAGCACGUUUGCUCCAAACUUUUGAACUUGAGGGCAAUACUAAACUUAAAAAAAAAAAAAAAAAGAGUUUUUUUAUUACAAAAUUAUUUUUAUGGUCCCUUUAACAAGGACCCUAUGGCAAAUGCACAAUUAUUCAGAAUUACAUUUUAUCGUUUUCACAUUGAAAACAGCAAAUGUUGACUUAGUAAUUUUUAUAUCUAUAUCUAUAUGUAAAUGUAUAUUUAAUCAACCAGCAGUUUGAAACUAGUCGUCCUGGUACAAAAGUUUUGCAGCAUUGCGUAAAUUAUAGUGCUAAACAUGAGAACUGUUUUUGGGGCCAGUUUAGCAUUUGUACCUCCUCCUUUUGCUACUCAAAACAGCAGUGCUUCAUGGCGACCUUUUCCAUCAGGCAGAAGGGGCCGUUCUCCUAAGAUGGCGACUCUGGAAUGUUGGGACGGGAGGGGUGGGAACAUGAACACGUCAGUAACUCAAGGCUCACGUGCCAAAGUGUGUAUGUGUGGUUUUGUUUUUGUUUUAUUUUUUUAAUGUUUAAAUAGCUUAAUAGGUUGGCAUCGGUUGUGACCUGCAGAUACGAGCAGGGUUUUGGGGGGGAUUGGCUUUUUCUGAUGGUUUACAAGAUUUGCUCGGAAUAUAAGAGGGAAAGCUCUGACAACAAGACAGCAUUAUAACCCAGGGGAGCAAAACAAGCUGAAGGUUGCAAAUCCACAGGUGUAUAAGAAAACAAAACCCUUAGGUCUAGAUGAUGGUGGGAAAAUCUUUUAUUCUUAAAAAGUGACUUUUAAUGAUAUAUGUACUGUAUGUUACUGAGAUUGAAUGUUAGGGGAAGCCUUAAAGGAGAAAUAUUUGGGGAAGUAGUCAGUGGGCCUUGGGGCAUCUAGGAUGUGUCGUCCUCAGACUUGGUACAAAGGUGCGACCACCCCAUCUGGUAAGGCCAAGGUCCUGGAACCCUAAAAAGUUGCCCUGGUGACUGCAGUGGAAAUGGUUCACGUGCAUUCCCAAAGAGGAGUCAGAAAUGUUUUCUUGAUUUUAAAGCUCUGAAAGGCAGCAGAAUGGCUGGCUCUCGUCAAACCCAGCUCAUUGCACAGUAAGAGACCACGCUCGCCUGAGCUCCCGUUUAGCUGACAGGUGUCACCUAGGAGGAAAGGAGACAAUGGGACUGUGCUGGCUUUCUUUAGGCAGCACAUGCCAUUUCAUUCACCUCAGUUCUCCUCUCAUGGCCUGCUCAUACAUAUCAUCUGCAUUUUGCAAGUUUCUUGAAGGAUACAGGCCCCACUCAGAACACCCAGGGAUGAGGUCGCCCCCAGGAGCUCGUCAGGUCCUCGUAUGUGUAGCUCUGAGAGGUCGGUCAGUUGGUCGGUCGAGUGGGCAGGGAAGGACAUUUGCAAACGUUGCUGGUGUUCAGCUAGCCAAAUGGGCCAGGUUCUAUUGUGGGAUUUCCUUCUUUUUUAGCUAAGUAAUGAAGUGCACCGGUUGUAUUGGGGAAAAUGAAGAAGUGGUACCUUGGCUAGAUCUUUUGGGCACAUCUGUGAUGAAGAUAUUCGUGUAAAAUUCUGCCCAUUGAGGAUAGGGAAGGGAUUAUUCCUCCACCUCUUAGUAACUCCCGAACAAUUGACAUCGACUCCUUCGCUUUCUCUCAGUUCCCAAAGGAUCUUUGGGGAUCAUCCCAUCUGUGGUUAUUCUUUCCUGAACCUUCUCUGGUUUACAUGCAUCUGGUACAGUGUGCAAUAUUUUUGGUUGACACUUGUAUUCAUCAUUAAGAAAUUAGUGCAGAUUGCAGAUUUUCUGCCGUCUUCCUCCACCCCAAACAAACCUGCCAUUAGGUGGGAUCCUAGGGGUUUGGCUGUUCUUACUCCACUGCUCAGAAAGCUUCCAUUCUGCAGCCACAGCCUCGUCUCUCUUCUGUGCUGGAAUUUUCUCUUCCCACCCACCCGUCCUUUUAAACUUUACAGCAUUUCAGCUGCAGUCCAAAAGUAACGAAGCAAUGCCUAAUACGAAGUAGCAAGUCCAUCUGUGUGCUGGUUCUGUUGGUAAUGUGGAAAUCACAGACUCCCAGGGAGCAGAGGGGCUUUUCAAUGUCUUUUGCUUUCAGAAACAGGGAAUUUAUAUUCUCUAUAAGGCCUUGAAUUGAUUUUUUUCCUCAUAAAGUAGUCUGAUAAGCUAAUUUUUAAAAAGAAAUGCCAUUAAGUAUGUUGCAUUGUGGUUUUAAAUUACUAACAAGUUCUGGGAAAGAAAAGUAAUAUUUGAUUUUGAAUCUUACGUGUUUUUAACAAUUAGAUUUGAAUGGGGGCAAAGUAUGAAUAUUUUGUUUCUUUAGGGAGGACAUGUGGAAAGGGUUUGAGGGUUUGAGAUGGGAGAAGUAUUUUGCAGAGCUAUCAAUGUCCAAAUAAUUUUUAAAAAAUAAUAAAGGUAUUUAAGCAGUGA